GUGAUCAGCUGUAAUAAAAGUAUGCAAGCUAUUCUUGAGUUCAAUCCAGCUGCACCCUGGUGCCUUCUUCGCAUUUUGCUGUCUCAUUGCAUGACUAACGUCCAACACUUCUUUGUAUCGGUCAGCAGUGACGAAGAUGACAUUAAAACAAACCUUAGCAAGCAAUAAUAGGAUAGGCAUCGAUUGAUUUGGAUUUGGUUUAAAAUUGAAACGGAUUAAUUAAUCAAUAUUGAAACAGAUUAAAUCAAAUUGAUCUGUUCGAAUUUUAUAGAAGGGAUUCAAUUUUUUUAACAGAUUUGCGCAGUUUAUAUUUUGUUCGAAUUUUAUUGUUUUUUAAUACUAUAAACAAUAAAAACUUUUAAAAAAUAAAAGCAAACACACCUCUAUAUUCUCAAAGAGAACAUUACCCAUCCUCUGCUCGUGUUGCUCUCGACCUCCAGCCGUGCUCGCCUCCAGGACCUCGCAUCCAGCGGUUUCUUUUCUCCCUGCCUCGCAUCCAGUGGUUUCUCUUCUCCCUGCUCUCAUCCCAAAGAAGAAUCAUAGCGUCUCAACUCAAAAUCGAAGUAAUAAUCACUAUACGUGCAUUUUCAUUUCUCAACAAUUCAUUCUUUAUUCUAAUUUCUUUCUUCUCCAGUAGAGCAAACCCAUUGAUAUGAUUUGAAAUUUCCAGAAUGUGAAUUAAUCAGCUAUAAAAUCAUGUUCCGCUGCGGCUAAUAACUGAUCAUUUUUCCUCGAUCACUAUGUUUUUCUUCCUUGGUUAUAGGUCCUCCAGCCGUUUCUUAACUUUUGCCUCCAAGAAACUAGCUGUCAACUAUACUCUGUAAAUUACUGGUGAAAUAAGUAUGAUGUAUUUGUUUAUCUUUUCUCAUUACUUAUGUUCAAUUAUGUGUAGAAAAUUUGCUUCUUUUGUUGGUUAUGGACUUGAGAAGGAGAAAUGAGUUUCAGGGAGAUGGGAAUUUGUUGGCAAAAAAAGCAGUCACUUUAUUUUGAAAGGCAAAAAAAAAAAAAGCAUGAAUGUUGCAAUUGCAGAGUUCAUUUGUAUGAUUGCUAAACCUGACGAGAAGCAAAGGUAGAAUUCGGGAGUUAAAAGCUGCAGUUAUGCUUUCCAGGUUUUACACCCUUGGAAAUCCCUGUUAAAUGAAGAAAGCAGCUCUAGUCUUCAAAAUCCCAACCACCAAACUCCCUCCUUGUACCUUUUACUUCUCUACUUCAUCACUUGCAAGCCCACUUUACAAUAUCACCACUUGUGUUGCUUCUUUCAAGCAAUGUAUCCUCGACAAGAGCUUCAAGAAAGGCCAACAACUUCAUGCCCAGCUGCUUAUUACUGGUCUUCAGGCCUUAUCUCCCGCAUACACCACCAGCCUUAUCAACAUGUACGCUAAAUGCAACCGAAUGAAUCAGGCCCUUCUGGUCUUUAACAGCACCCCGGACUGUGAUCGUAAUGUUUUUACUCACAACGCCAUCAUUUCUGGAUUUGUUUCCAAUGGCCUUGCAAGAUAUGGAAUUGAAUUUUAUAAAGAGAUGAGAAGACUAGGUGUUUUGCCAGAUAAGGUUACGCUUCCAUGUUUACUUAAGGGGCUUUGUGAGAUUACGGAGGUUUACGAGGUGAAAAAGAUUCAUGGGUUGGCGUUUAAACUUGGAUUGGAGUUGGAUGUGUUUGUGGGUAGUGCUUUGGUCAGUAGCUAUUUGAAGUUUGCGUUAGUGGAUGAGGCGCAUGUGCUGUUUGAUAAAAUGCCCGAAAGGGAUGUUGUGUUGUGGAAUUCCAUGAUUAAUGGAUGUGCGCAGACUGGUAAGUUCAAUGAAGCAUUGGGGGUUUUUAGGAGAAUGAGGAAAGAAGGGGUUCCAAUUGACGGGUUUACAGUUACUGGUAUUUUGUCAGUUUUUGCUGUGACCGGGGAUUUUGAUAAAGGGAGGACGGUUCAUGGAUUUGUGAUAAAAGUUGGGUUUGGUUCAGAUCUUUCCAUUUGCAAUGCAUUGAUUGAUAUGUAUGGGAAGUGCGACUGUAUAGCUGUUGCAUUGGAGAUUUUUGAAGAAAUGGAUGAGAAAGAUAUUUAUUCAUGGAAUUCAAUUAUAUCUAUUAGUGAGCAGGCUGUUGAUUAUGACGAAACUUUGAGGCUUUUUAAUAGGAUGUUUAAUUAUGGGAUUCACCCUGAUUUGGUUACCAUUAAAACGGUUCUUGCUGCUUGUUCUCAUGUGGCUGCAUUGAUGCAUGGAAGAGAGAUCCAUAGCUACAUUAUAGUAAAUGGGUUGGCAAAAGAUGGAAAAAGCGAAGAUAUCAAUUAUGUUCUACUGAAUAAUGCCAUCUUGGACAUGUAUGCAAAAUGUGGGAGUAUGAGGGAUGCUCACUUGGUUUUUGAUCAAAUGAUCUGUAAGGAUGUGGCAUCAUGGAACAUAAUGAUCUUGGGUUAUGGUAUGCAUGGUUAUGGCAAUGAAGCAUUAGGUCUGUUUUCACUGAUGUGUGCUACAGGAUUCAUGCCCAAUGAGGUUACAUUUGUAGGUGUCCUGUCAGCUUGCGGCCAUGCAGGUUUUGUGACCCUGGGACGAGAGUUUCUCAGGCAAAUGGAAUUGAAAUAUGGGGUGACUCCAAGCAUAGAUCAUUAUGCUUGCGUUAUUGACAUGCUUGGUCGGGCUGGACAGCUCGAGGAAGCUUAUGAAUUGGCAAAAACAAUGCCUGUGAAAGCAAACCCAGUUGCAUGGAGAGCUUUAUUGGCUGCAUGUCAACUCCAUUGUAAUGCAGAUCUGGCUGAGAUCGUGGCACGACACAUAUUUGAGCUUGAUCCUGGGCAUUGUGGUAGUUAUGUAUUAAUGUCAAAUGUUUAUGUAACUGCUGGUCGAUACAAAGAAGUGUUGGACGUUAGACAUACAAUGAGACAACAAAAUGUGAAGAAGGCACCGGGGUGCAGCUGGAUUGAACUCAAGAAUGGCUUGCAUACUUUUAUUACUGGUGAUCAGAUUCAUCCUGAAGCAAAUUGUAUUUAUUCAGUAUUGCGUUUAUUGACAUCUCGUCUCUCUGAGCAAGGAUACGUGCCUCACCUUGUCUAAAUGGUAAUAAUGAAACUUUGUCUAAUAAACAUUCUUGAUGUGAACUUUGUCUGAUAAAAGUUCUUCUCAGCCAAAUCCCUGAGCAGCAAUGUAAUUCAAAAUUUCCAUGGAAAGUACAAACAACUAUUUAGCAGUGGUCAGUUCCAACAGAAAUUAUGGGGAUUAAGCAGGCUGUUUGCUUGGUUCGUUGUUUGCCAAUGGUGGAACAGUCAAAUGAUGUCAUGGGUAGGCCCAGAUGGAAUAGUGUAUCACAGCCAUGAUGGGUUAGCACCUCAUCUCAUGAACCCAUUUACUCUCCUGGCUACUUCAGCAGAAGAGCUACACCAAUCGUCACUAGGGAUUUCAAUGAAAGAGCUUUCACUGUUGGUGUCGGUUGCCCUGGUAGUACUGGUGCAGGAGAACUGCUUUAAUGUGUGCUACAUGUCGGUUCUUCCGGGACAAGUACAGUCUUGCUGCAGUGACAAAUGAUAUAUUCACAAAGGAGGACGGUGAAUUCUUGAUUAAGCAUGGAGCACUUCCUGAAGAAAGGAUUCGAGCUGUGGAAACUGGUGGCUGUCCUCAUGCUGCAAUUUGUGAAGAUAUCAGCAUUAACCUAGGCCCUCUUGAGUAGCUUUCUAAAUUAUUCAAAGCAGACAUACUACUUUGCGAAUCUGGUGGAGUUAAGUUGCUAGUACAUGCCUUUUACAGCUAUGCAUAUUUAUAACACAGCUUUGCAUAUUUCAUAAAUGAUUGAAUGCUUUUUGGUCAUAACUGAGUUAAGCUUGGUAUUUUGAUUUACAAUUCCAAAUAAUUGUUCUUGCUAUUUGGUCAGAAGUUGGGAAACACGUCAAGUUAAUGAUGCAGAAUUUUUUGCACCCAUGAUAAAUUUUACUAAGAAAAGCAAUUCUCUGUUAGGAAUUUUAUUUUAUAAUUCUGAUCUAGUGGAGAAGUUUUAUCUUCUGCUUGAAUUUUUUGGGUGCAGAUAAUUUAUCUGCUAACUUCAGUAGGGAAUUGGCCGACUGUAUCAUAUAUAUAGUAGAUGUAUCUGGUGGUGAUAAAAUUCCUCUGAAGGGCGUCCUGGCAUUACCCAAGCGGAUCUCCUUGUUAUAAACAAGACUGACCUUGCACCAGCAGUUGGAGCUGACUUGGCAGUCAUGGAGCAUGAUGCACUUAGAAUGAGAGAUGGUGGGCCAUUUCUAUUUGCUCAGGUGAAGCAUGGACUUGGCAGAUGAAAUUGCGGACAAUAUUUUACAGGCCUGGUAAUGAGCAAUUGGGAAGAAGCAGCAUUGACCUCUGUUUCGAAAAGUUGUCAUACCAUAUUGGCUCUUUCAGAAAUGACCUGAUUCUGCAAUAAAGUAUUUGUUGUGGUUUGUUUUCAGAUAGGAAACAUGAAAAGUGCAUCUGACGAGGUGGAAUUAUUUUCAUAGUUUGGCCUUGUGCAAUAGGUCUUUUCAGUUUCCUAGGGCGUAGUCUGCAGUACCCUUUUGCUAAAUAAGAAUCUUGUUUCAUUUCUGCUCUUUUUCUACCAAAAUUAACUUAUUUUUUUCAACUA